CAAGCAUUUCCAGAGAAACGAAACUGAUCUGUGAUACUUUGCUGCUCAGCCUGUUGAUGUGUUUACUAUAAUGGCAGAUGCAAUGGACUUGAUGAAUUGUUCAAUUUGCCUGGAUCUACUGAAAGAUCCGGUGGCUAUUCCCUGUGGACACAACUACUGUAUGGGCUGUAUUGAGGACUGCUGGAAUCAGGGUGAUCUUAACGGUGUCUACAGCUGCCCAGUCUGCAGAAAGACCUUUACCCCGAGGCCUGUUCUGAACAAAAAUACUCUACUGAUUGAAUUGGUGGAGAAACUGAAGAAUACAGGACUACAUGCUGCUUCAGCUGCUCACUGUUAUGCUGAACCUGGAGAUGUGGAGUGUGAUUUCUGCAUUGGGAGAAAACUAAAAUCUGUGAAAUUCUGUCUGGUGUGUCUGGCCUCUUACUGCGAGACUCAUCUACAGCCUCAUUAUGAAGUAGCUCCAUUAAAGAAGCACAAGCUGGUCAAAGCAUCCACACAACUCCGUGAGAUGAUCUGCUCUCAUCAUGACAAACGGCUGGAGGUUUACUGCCGUACAGAUCAGCAGUGUAUCUGUUAUCUUUGUACAGUGGAUGAACAUAAAGGCCAUGAGACAGUGUUAGCUGCCGCAGAAAGAACUGAAAAACAGAAACAGUUGGAUGAGAAACAGCAGAUAUUAAAGCAGAGAAUCCAGAAGACGGAGAUGGGGGUGUUGGGGGCGAGACAGUCUAUACAGUUUGUCAAGAGCUCUGCACAGGCAGCAGUGGAGGACAGUGAGAGGAUCUUUCCUGAGCUUAUCCGCUCCAUUGAGAGAAGGAGCUCUAAGGUGAAGCAGCUGAUCAAAGCCAAGGAGAUGGCUGAAGUGAGUCGAACUGAAGGACACCUGAAGCAACUGGAGGAGGAGGCGGUUGAGCUGAGGAGGAAAGACGCUGAGCUGGAGCAGCUCUCACACACAGAGGAUCACAUCCAUUUCCUCAAGAGUUUCCAGUCUUUCUCUGUCCCGCCGGGAAUUGAGGGCAUACCCAGCACUUUUAACCCUCAUGUCUCCAUUGAGGAUGUCAAGAAGUCCCUCUCUGAACUACAAGACCGAAUGGAGACUGUAUUCAAUGAGGAAAUGGUAAAGAUAUCUAGAAAAGUUGGAUAUGCCUUUCAUUUAGCCAGUAGCCCAAUGAGGAAAAUCCUCUUCUGCUUUGGAGAAUGCACCUCUGGCUUCAGCUUCCAACCAGUUAUCAGUCCCUCCAAGUCCCUGGCCAAGCUGAACCGGAUCAGGGUGUCUGUGGACGAGGACCAGGACGUGACUCAAGACAAACAGGCUACUAAAACCAAAGUCUUUACUGGUGGGUCAGCUUCAGUGGGAGGAUUUACUUUUAGAUUUGGGGCCGACACUCAGCCCACCACCAACCCUCCCAUCCCUGAGUCUGGCUACUUCAUCAAGCCCUUCGUCGUACCUGUCCAACCAGCUAAGAGCAUUGAGCGAAAGCCUGUGGACUUUGGGAAGAUGUCUUUUGGCCAGCCGAUCCCUGCUGAGCCUCCUAAAGUGCUUAGCUUUGGUGCUGAAAUAGUCGCCCAGUCCACUCCAUCAUACGCUGCCUUUAAAUUCAACUCCAACUUUAAAUCCAAUGACGGGGACUUCACCUUCAAGUCCAAAAACAGUGAGACCCUGUUGAAGCUUCUGAUGUCAGACAUUCCCACCAAAUCAGAGGGCCCCUCAGAGGGGAAGCCCCAAUAUCCUCCUAGCCUGGGAGGGAUACUUACCUUUGGCACUAAAAGCGCUUCUGGGUUCUCCUUUAAUGACUCAAUCCAGAUCCAGGACAAACCAAACCCGUUUGGAAAAUUUGACCAGCCAUUUAGUUUCACUGAUGUAACCACGCCGGUAUUUGGGCUGGCAAACACAGCAGAGGAGGAGAAGGGAGCUGAGAGCAAUAACAACAGCACUCAUGUGGAGGAGGACGAGGAUGGGCCUCACUUUGAGCCUAUUGUGCCCCUCCCUGACAAAGUAGACGUGAAGACUGGAGAGGAGGAAGAGGAGGAGAUGUUCUGUAACAGGGCCAAGCUGUUCAGAUUCGAUGCGGAGACAAAAGAGUGGAAAGAGAGAGGUAUCGGCUUAGUCAAAAUCCUAAAGCACAAUACAUCAGGGAAAGUGCGUCUACUUAUGAGGAGGGAGCAGGUUCUAAAGGUCUGUGUUAACCACUACAUCAUGCCAGAUAUGCUCCUGAAAACAAACGCUGGAUCUGACAAGUCCUGGGUCUGGAAUGCCGUUAAUUAUGCGGAUGAGGAACCAAGGCCUGAGCAACUGGCCAUCCGGUUCAAAACGAAAGUCGAGGCAUUGCUCUUCAAGACAAAGUUUGAAGAGGCUCAGAAGAUCGUUCCCAAAUCUUUUUCAAGGAAGGAUGGACAAUGGGACUGUGACACCUGUCUAAUGAGGAAUGAUGCAUCUGCCUCUAAGUGUGUUUCCUGCCAGACACCCAACCCCAAUUCUAGCAGCUCCUCUCUUAGGGCCAUGUUUGCCAGGCAGGAGGGACAGUGGGACUGUGACGCAUGUCUAGUCAGAAACAACGACUCUGCUAGUCAAUGCGUCUCCUGUCAGAUGCCCAAUCCCAAUGUUAAGAGCAUAACCACAGCCACCACUUCCAGCUCAUCCUUCAGCUUUAACUUCGGGAGUCAGACUGCCUCUACUCAACCCACAGGCACUGGGUUUAAAGCGAACUUCAACGGUGACAGCUCUUUGCAGUUUGGCACAGGCAAAGUUGAUAAAAGUUCCCCUGCAUCCUUCAAGUUUGAGACCCCUCCUCAGGCUGAAAGCAGUACCCCCAGUGCUGCAGGCUUCUCUUUCACCAUGCCCAUCCCAGCAGGUGGCUUUAAGUUUGGCACUCAGGAAACUGCAAAGGAAACCCUACCAACUGAAACUCAGACUCCUGCUUCAGGGUCUGCGUCAAUGUUCCUGAAGAAUAUCGCAGGGCAGCACAGAGAGAAGGAAUCUGGUGUCAGUGUAUAUGCAUCAGUGCUGUCAGUGGACAAGACGGGUCAGGAUGAAAAUCCCCUCUUCAUUGGCAAACCCAACGACUUCAGUUUUGCAGACUUGGCUAAAAACUCACAAGGAGACUUCCAGUUUGGUCAGACGGACUCCAAUUUCAAAGGCUUCACCCGCGCUGGUGAGCAGCUGUUCACAUCUCUUCAGUCAAACCAGAGGGCAGACACCUCAGCUGACCAGGAUGAAGAGGGCAUAUACAAGACAGAGGAUAAUGACGAUAUCCAGUUUGAGCCUGUGGUCCAGAUGCCAGAGAAAGUGGACCUGGUCAUACCCUUCACAGGAGAAGAGGACGAACAGGCCCUCUACUCCCAGAGAGUGAAGCUCUUCAGGUUUGACGGAGACAUCAGCCAGUGGAAGGAGAGGGGCGUUGGGGUCCUCAAGUUCCUGAAGAACGCCACCAAUGGCAGGCUCAGGGUGCUGAUGAGGAGAGAGCAGGUCCUGAAGGUGUGUGCCAACCACUGGAUCACCACCACCAUGAAGCUGAAGCCCUUGGCUGGCUCCGACAAGGCCUGGAUGUGGCUGGCUAAUGACUUCUCUGAUGGAGAUGCCAGACUGGAACAACUCGCUGCCAAGUUUAAAACCCCUGAGCUGGCUGAGGAGUUCAAGCUGAAGUUUGAGGAGUGUCAGAGGCUCCUGUUAGACAUCCCACUGCAGACUCCUCACAAGCUUGUUGACACAGGCAGAACUGCACAUCUCAUCCAGAAGGCAGAGGAGAUGAAGUCCGGCUUGAAAGAUCUUAAAUCUUUCCUGACCGAUGACAAAACCAAGAUCAAGGAGGACGACAGCCAUGCUAACAUCACGACAGCCAGUAACACCUCUGGUCUGAAUAUCAAGCCCCACGCAGAGAACACUGGCCCUACCUUAGAAUGGGACAACUAUGACCUGAGAGAGGAGGCUCUCUCUUUCUCUUGUCACUUGGGCCCGCCCAGGGCCGAACAGCUGUGGCUCUCCUGGGGAGACAGCAGCCAUUGUUCCCAUCUCUGGCCCAGGGGUCGUGACAGAAGCCUGGAUUUUCUUCUUCCCUUUGUUGUCACAGGAGAAGAGGACGAACAGGCCCUCUACUCCCAGAGAGUGAAGCUCUUCAGGUUUGACGGAGACAUCAGCCAGUGGAAGGAGAGGGGCGUUGGGGUCCUCAAGUUCCUGAAGAACGCCACCAAUGGCAGGCUCAGGGUGCUGAUGAGGAGAGAGCAGGUCCUGAAGGUGUGUGCCAACCACUGGAUCACCACCACCAUGAAGCUGAAGCCCUUGGCUGGCUCCGACAAGGCCUGGAUGUGGCUGGCUAAUGACUUCUCUGAUGGAGAUGCCAGACUGGAACAACUCGCUGCCAAGUUUAAAACCCCUGAGCUGGCUGAGGAGUUCAAGCUGAAGUUUGAGGAGUGUCAGAGGCUCCUGUUAGACAUCCCACUGCAGACUCCUCACAAGCUUGUUGACACAGGCAGAACUGCACAUCUCAUCCAGAAGGCAGAGGAGAUGAAGUCCGGCUUGAAAGAUCUUAAAUCUUUCCUGACCGAUGACAAAACCAAGAUCAAGGAGGACGACAGCCAUGCUAACAUCACGACAGCCAGUAACACCUCUGGUCUGAAUAUCAAGCCCCACGCAGAGAACACUGGCCCUACCUUAGAAUGGGACAACUAUGACCUGAGAGAGGAGGCUCUGGACGACUGUGCUGACACCUCUGUCUACGCCUUACCCCUGGCAAGCAGCCCAAUCAGGAAGAACCUCUUUUGCUUUGGAGAAUCCACAGAGGGCUUCAACUUCAGCUUCCAGCCUGUCGUCAGUCCCGCCAAGUCGCUGGCCAAGAUGAACCAGAGCGGGGUGUCUGCGGACGAGGAGCAGGACAUUAGCCAGGAGGAGGAGCGGGACGGCCUGUACUUUGAGCCUGUGGUUCGCCUGCCAGACCUGGUGGAGAUCUCCACUGGAGAGGAGAAUGAAAACGUGUGUUUCAGCCACAGGGCAAAGCUGUAUCGCUAUGACAAAGACAUGAACCAGUGGAAGGAGAGGGGCAUCGGAGACCUCAAGAUACUGCAGAACUGCGAUACCAAACGAGUCAGACUCAUCAUGAGGAGAGACCAAGUCCUGAAAAUCUGCGCCAACCAUUGGGUCACAUCUUCUAUGAAGUUGGAGCCCAUGAAGGGUGCUGAGAAGGCCUGGGUCUGGAGCGCUAUUGACUUUGCCGAGGUAACUAAGGGAAAUGUUGAGCAGUUAGCUGUGAGAUUCAAACUGAAGGAUGUGGCUAACUCCUUCAGAGAUAUAUUUGACCAGGCUAAAACUGCCCAAGAGAAUGAGAUUCUGGUCACUCCAAUCGCCUCCAGUGAGACCCUUACUCAGGAGGAAGCAAUAGCGACGGGGACAACCGUGUGUGGACAAGCUGCUGUGGCCAUCCUGGAGGAGACCACCACAGAACGGACAGAGCUGUAUCAUGAGACUUUACACACCCCUGACUGUAAGUCCUCCACCGGUACUCCACAUAGCCCUCUCAACCUCUCCAGGAUGGUGAUGUCCCCACCCAAGUUCCUCUUUGGAACAGACUCUCUCCAAAAGAUUUUCGGCAGCAGCCCACCAUCACCCAAGGAGGAUAGUUCUCCAGAGAGCUCCAAGGUUAAAGACAGCGGUCGGACCUCCCAGCCUUUAACUGCAUUCAAAAUCUCCGAAAAAGCACCCUCCCAUGCGGAGGCCGACAGUGAGGUGGAAGUGGUGUAUGUGAGGCAGCCAACAGUUGAGCAGGCUCUUCUGGCUAGGGAACUCCUGCUGCCUCUCACCUUCUUCUGCUACCAGAACGAACCAGGAUAUACCAGCGACCACCAGACUGAUGAUGAGGACUUUGAGACAGCAGUUAAAGCCCUGAAUGGAAAACUGUACCGGGAUCCUCCUGAGAGAGAGGCUGCAAGUGCAGGUUCUGCAGGCCAGGCCGAGGCAGGUGUUGAGGUCUGGACCCGGAGGUUGGUUGAGGUUUUAUGGGAGAAGAGGCCAACUCCAGAGGAGGAACAGAAAGCCAGGAACCUGCAGCUGCCUUCAACCUUCUUCUGUGGUGUAGGCAGCGACAGCGAGGCAGAGAAGGACAAGCCAGAGGACUUUGAGACAGAGUUCCGCAAAGCACAGGAGGCUCUGGAUGCUGAGAGAAGCUCAGACCCUGUUUCAUCUGAGGAUGUGUCCUCCAGCACCUGCGAUACAGUGCCAGAACAACAGGUCCCAGACCAGUACCCCAGCAGCCAGGAACAGGCUUCAGAUCAGUCUGAGGCAGAAGUCCAGUCCACUACAGCAGUAAAACAGUUUGGCAAAAAGCCAGGGCAGUGGGAGUGUGACAUGUGUCUUGUUAGAAAUGAGGAGUCUGCAAGCAGUUGUGUUUCUUGUCAAACUCUAAACCCUGCUGCCAGCAGCGGGGAACAGGCUCCAGAUCAGUCAGACUCUACUCCUGCAGCUACCAGCAGCAGCCCUAUAGACCUGUCUGCCAAGAAGACCUCUGAGCCUGACUCCAAUACUACAUUUACUACAACCACUACUCAGAAUGCUCCUAACUCAUUUGGCUCAUUGGGCUUCGGUGCUCUAGGAUGGGAAGGAUUCUCCUUUGCUGAUCUGGCACAGAACACUGGGGGGGAAUUUGCCUUUGGAAAACAAGAUUCCAACUUCUCGUGUGCGAACGUCGGGGCUACGUUGUUUGGAGCUGCAGACCCAGCCAAAGCUGAGGGAGGGGAGGAGGAGUGUGAUGAAGGGGACACUAAUAAUGUGGGCAUUGACUUUGAACCCAUAGUCUCUCUACCAGAGGUGGAGACUAAGUCAGGGGAGGAGGAUGAGGAGAUCCUGUUUAAGGAGCGUACCAAGCUGUACCGCUGGGAGAGAGACCUGGGCCAGUGGAAGGAGAGGGGUGUGGGAGACAUCAAGAUCCUCUUCCACCCCGAUAAGAGGUUCUACCGGGUGCUGAUGAGGAGGGAGCAGGUGCUGAAGGUCUGUGCCAAUCACACCAUCUGUCAGAGCAUGGAGCUCAAACCCAUGAACACCUCUAACCAAGCCCUAGUCUGGACAGCUACUGACUUUUCAGAUGGUGAGGGUAAGGUGGAACAGUUGGCAGCCAAGUUUAAGACCGCGGAGCUGGCCGAGAGUUUCAGGAAGAUCUUCUGUGAGUGUCAGAGUCGAAUGAGCCAAUCAGAGGCCUCCACCCUCUCCUCCCCCCAGCUGUCCAGGGUACAGGAACAUUCCAGAGACACCAAUCCCCAGGUGUACCUCUCUAUCUCCGCUGAUGACAAGCCCCUGGGAACGGUCACCAUAGAACUGUUCUCUCACAUCGUCCCCAAGACAGCUGAGAACUUCAGAGCGCUGUGUACAGGACAGAAAGGCUUCGGACUGCGCAACACUGUCUUCCACAGGGUCGUACCCGACUUCAUGUGUCAGGGUGGAGACAUCACCAACCAGGAUGGGACAGGAGGGAAAUCCAUCUACGGGCACAAGUUUGAGGAUGAGAAUUUUGACGUGCGCCACACAGGCCCGGGUCUGCUGUCCAUGGCCAACCACGGCCGAGACACCAACAACUCCCAGUUCUUCAUCACUUUGAAGAAGGCUGAGCACUUGGACUUCAAACACGUGGCCUUUGGCUUCGUCAGAGAGGGCAUGGAUGUGGUUCGCAGCAUGGGAAAGCUGGGCACCAAGACUGGCAAACCCAGCAAGAAGAUUGUCAUCACCGAAUGUGGACAACUGUAGAGCUUCGUUCUGUUCACUGACAGUGGACAUCUCAACUGUAGGGCUGAGAUCUGGUCACUGACUGUUGACAACUCAACUGUAGAGCUUCUCUCGGUUCACUGACUGUGGACAUCUCAACUGUAGGUCUGAGAUCUGGUCACUGACUGUUGACAACUCAACUGUAGGGCUGAGAUCUGGUCACUGACUGGAUGUCUAUCGGCCUUCGUUCUGACCAUGGACUGGACAGUGAUAGGCUUUCAAACUGUGGAGUGGACAACUAUAGUAGGAACAUCUCAAAUGAGACCCUAUACCUCAUGUAAUGUAAAACAUGUUUAGUUUUUUUGCAGGGUUCUGGUAGUGUACUACAGGGGAAAUAGGGUGUCAUUUGAGACCGAGAUGGUCUCCUUUUCAUAAGUGUUGCCCCACCCUGAGGGCAGCAUGUGACUACGUGAAUCUUCAGACUUUAUUUUUGUGUAUAAUGUACAUUAAAUUCUUUUCAUGUGUUCUAUUAAAAGUUGAAAACGCUGGUUCUUUCAUAAGCUCCCUAACUGGAUUGUUUUGCAUAGUUAAGCCUUAAUUGAGAUUAACAAGAAACCUUGUUUAAAAACCAACCUCAGUUCAAAAUGAACAAUGUUCCUCUCUCCUGCUCCCUUUGAAUACUUUUAGGUGUGGUGGUGUGUUUUUGUGUAUACAUUGAUUUCAUAAUGUACAAAUCAUUGAGAAGAACCUUGUUCAUCUUAAACUCCGAAAGUAGGAAUAUGAACAACUAUAACCUGCUGUGUGACACUUUGGGAGAGGUAUGACAUAAUAUCUGGUGGUUGUGGAAGAACCUUCUAUGGUAUUCUGUUGACAAAUAUCACUUGGAGUUGAAACAAUUCUUAUUGUCAAUAUAUAAAUGAGGCUGGAGAAUGUCUUUAGAAAUAAAGUUGCUUUAUACUGAUAA